AUGUCGAUUGAAGAAAAACGCGAAAAUGAAUCAAUUGAAUCAUAUGAACUAGAAAAUGAAAAUUACAAGAUGUUGGAGAAAAGAAUUGUUAGAAAAUGUGAUAUUUAUUUGCUUCCAAUAUUGGCUAUAACAUACUUGCUUGGAGUUGUCGAUCUUUCAAAUAUAGGAAAUGCCAUCGUAGCUGGCUUCGACUACAAUUACCUUAAGACCACUCCAUUUUUGUUUACUCUUGCAAUAUCAGCUCAUUUCCUCAGUUAUAUAAUCUUUGAAAUCCCUUCAAACUGGGUGACAAGAAUUUUAGGGUUCCAUAUUUGGAUGCCAAUUCUAAUGGUGUGUUGGGCUGCAAUGUCUAUGUGUCAAGCUGCAUGUACAACCGCGAUUCAGCUAGGCAUUGUUAGAUUUUUAUUAGGAACAUUUGAAGCAGCGUAUUCGCCAUCUAUAGUGGGAUAUGUUGGUUUAUUUUAUUCGAAAAAAGAAGUAACCUUAAGAUAUUCCAUCUUUAUAUCUUCGAUCACUAUUGGUGGUGCUUUCAGUGGAUUAGCCUCAUAUUUCAUAGUCCAAAUAUCAGGGACGUCAUUAAGUGGUUUUCAAUGGUUAUUCAUAAUUGAAAAUAUUCCAACUAUCCUUUUGGCCUUAAUUAUUGCCCUAUUUUUGACUCGUGAUCCCGGGAACGCCCGUUUCCUUACACCUGAGGAACGUGAAUUCGCUGUUGAACGAUUAAAACCAGAAGGAGGUCCAAAUCAAAUUGAUCGUAGCAUUGCCAAAGCUCAAAUAAAACUUGUCUUCACUGAUUUCCUAACCUACAUUCAUAUAUUAUUGCUUUUAGUUACUUCAAUUCCAGCUAAUGCUCUUAAUAUUUACCUUCCUACUUUAAUUUAUCAACUUGGUUUUGAUAAUGUUCAGGCUCAAAUAAUGGUUAUACCACCACUUCUUGCUUCAACUGUAUUUAUGAUAAUUAAUUCUUGGACAUCUGAUAAGUACCAGACAAGAACUUGGAAUAUAUUAGUUUGUUAUUUUUUAUCCAUCAUUGGAUUGACAGGAAUGAUAGCAACGAAAGCCAAUGUUCCUAUUGGUCAAUACAAGCGAAACACGAUGACCGCUGUAAUAUUACUUUUUCCUAACAUUGGAGGAAUCAUCGGGAUUUUAAUAUUCCCAGUUACUGAUGCUCCCUCAUUUUUUAUGGGAAAUACCGUGUGCUUAGUUUCAACUCUCUUUGGAGUUAUGAUUACUAUCGGGCUGAAAUUUUACUUUGAAUCAAUAAAUAAGAAACGUGAUAUGGCUAUAUUAGCUAAUCAUAAUUAUAAGUUAAAUGAUAGUGAUUUGAAGAACAGUAAGAAGAUUAGAAAUAUUGCUAUGAAAUUAGUAGAAAACGAACCAAUUUUUGAUGAAGUGUUGUGUGAUAGACACCCUAAUUGGAGAUAUAUGACCUAA